CGUAGAAGUCGCACGUGGAAGCACGAGCUACGAAGUAACAUUGAGCCGGUGUGCGCGGAGAGAACUGCCGGGAGAGUACACCCUCUUCUUUUCUGGACAAGCACAUUGCACGGUACACUUGCUGACCUAAGCCAGACAAGACAAAAAAGAGAAGAUGCCAGCCAAAAUUAUAAGCGGGAAAGAGGUUUCUGCGCUGGUGAAGGAGCGCCUGAAGAAAGAGGUAAACAUCAUGAAGCAGCAGGACCCUAACUUCAAACCUGGCUUGACAGUAUUACAGGUUGGUGACCGUGAAGAUUCAAACCUUUAUAUUAGUAUGAAGAUGAAGGCUGCAGAUGAGAUUGGAAUAAAGGCCACCCAUUUAAAACUCCCAAAGACAGCUACAGAGAAAGAGAUUCUCCAUGCUAUAAAGGAAGUGAAUGAAAAUCCUUCUAUCCAUGGGCUUAUUGUGCAGCUGCCACUGGACUCCAUUCAUAAGAUUGACACAGAGAAAGUCACCAAUGCAGUGGCACCUGAGAAAGAUGUAGAUGGUCUAACCAGUAUAAAUGCUGGAAAGCUUGCUCGCGGGGAUCUGGGUGACUGCUUCAUUCCCUGUACCCCAAAUGGCUGCUUGGAAUUGAUCAAACAAACCGGAGUGUCUAUUGCGGGAAAGAGGGCCGUGGUCGUCGGACGGAGUAAAAUUGUGGGUGCACCAAUGCAUGAUCUGCUGCUGUGGAAUCAUGCCACUGUCACUACCUGUCACUCCAAAACUGUGGACCUAGACCUCGAGGUGGGAAAAGCUGACAUCCUGGUUGUGGGCAUUGGUCAACCCCAAAUGGUCAAAGGAGAAUGGAUCAAAAAAGGAGCAGUUGUUAUUGACUGUGGCAUUAAUCCUAUCCCAGAUGAAACCCGGCCGAGUGGUAAACGGGUGGUGGGUGACGUUGACUACGCCUCUGCCAAGGAGCGAUCAGAUUUCAUUACACCUGUACCUGGUGGUGUGGGACCCAUGACUGUAGCCAUGCUGAUGGGGAACACAGUUCAGAGUGCUAAAAGAUUUAUUCAAAUCAAUCGAUCUGGAAAAUGGAAUAUAAUUUACAAUGAAUUGAAACUUGAAAAGCCUGUGCCAAGUGACAUAGUGAUUUCUCGCUCUUGUAUACCCAAACCCAUUGACCAACUGGCAAAAGAAGUGGGUCUGCUUUCUGAUGAGGUGGAACUCUAUGGCAAGACCAAAGCCAAAGUACAGCUGUCCGUCAUGAAGCGACUACGGGAACAGCCAGAUGGCAAAUAUGUAGUUGUCACUGGUAUCACACCUACUCCUCUUGGAGAAGGGAAGAGCACCACUACUAUUGGCCUGGUUCAGGCUAUGGGAGCUCACAUGAAACUCAAUGUAUUUGCGUGUGUCAGACAGCCAUCUCAAGGACCCACCUUUGGGAUUAAAGGUGGUGCUGCAGGUGGGGGAUAUUCUCAAGUAAUUCCAAUGGAAGAGUUCAACCUCCACCUCACUGGUGACAUUCAUGCCAUCACAGCGGCCAAUAACCUGGUGGCUGCAGCCAUUGAUGCUCGCAUGUUUCAUGAAGCUACCCAAUCAGACAAAGCUCUCUACAACCGUUUAGUUCCCCUCAGUGGAGGACAAAGGGUGUUUUCUGAUAUACAGAUCAAAAGACUAAAGAAACUUGGCAUCGAAAAGACAGACCCCACAAGUCUUACCGAAGAGGAGAUCACUCGUUUUGCUCGCUUGGAUAUCGACCCUGGUACUGUCACCUGGCAGAGAGUGAUGGACACAAAUGAUCGCUUCUUGAGGAAGAUCACUAUUGGACAAUCUCCAACAGAAAAAGGAUUUACACGAGAGGCGCAGUUUGACAUCACAGUAGCCAGUGAAAUAAUGGCAAUACUUGCCUUGACCAGCAGCUUGGAGGAUAUGCGUACACGUCUGUCCAAAAUGGUUGUUGCCACCAGCAAAAAUGGAGACCCUAUAACAACAGAAGACCUGGGAGUAAGUGGUGCCUUAACUGUCCUCAUGAAAGAUGCUAUAAAGCCAAACCUCAUGCAGACUUUAGAGGGAACACCAGUGUUUGUUCAUGCUGGCCCUUUCGCCAAUAUUGCUCAUGGCAAUUCCUCCAUCCUGGCUGAUAAAAUAGCUUUGAAGCUUGUAGGGCCUGAAGGAUUUGUAGUUACAGAAGCUGGCUUUGGUGCUGACAUUGGUAUGGAGAAGUUCUUUAACAUCAAAUGCCGAUACUCCGGCUUGAGGCCUCAUGUUGUGGUGCUUGUUGCUACUGUCCGAGCUCUGAAGAUGCACGGAGGAGGUCCCACUGUGACUGCUGGGAUGAAUUUGCCCAAAGAAUAUGUGGAAGAGAACCUGGGGCUUCUGGAGAAUGGCUGCAAUAACCUGAGGAAACAGAUUGAAAAUGCUAUGCAUUUUGGUGUGCCUGUGGUAGUGGCUGUUAAUGCAUUCCAGACCGAUACUGAUGCUGAACUAGAUUUGGUUUGCAAGAUGGCUAAGUCAGCUGGAGCCUUUGAUGCUGUGUGCUGCAAGCACUGGGCAGAAGGUGGAGCUGGAGCAUUGGACCUUGGAAAUGCUGUUCAGAGAGCUUCGGAUGCCCCCAGCAACUUCAAGUUCCUUUACAACUUGGAGUUAUCCAUUGCAGACAAGAUUCGGAUAAUAGCCCAAAAGAUUUAUGGUGCAGAUGAUAUUGAGCUUCUUCCUGAUGCUCAACACAAGGUGGAGCUCUACACAAAACAGGGUUUUGGCAAUCUUCCAAUGUGCAUGGCGAAGACCCACCUGUCUCUCUCUCACGAGGCAGACAAGAAGGGUGUGCCCACAGGCUUUACUCUGCCAAUCAGGGACAUCCGAGCCAGUGUGGGAGCAGGCUUUCUUUAUCCACUGGUUGGCACGAUGCCCACCAUCCCUGGCCUUCCCACAAGACCUUGCUUUUAUGAUAUUGACCUGGACCCUGAAACUGAACAAGUCAAUGGUCUUUUCUGAAGACUGUCUUGAACUGUGUAAAAACAUAUCAUGUUAGUAUUAAGUAGAUGAUUUAUGGCACUUUCUUAUGUGCAAAGAAGAAACCUUUUCCACAAUGCAUGCAUGGUAGUUUUACAACUCAAUGAUUGGGUUACUAAUAUGCACGCUACUAUUAGAGAACUUUUUAAAAUCCGAAAAUAUAAUUUCAUUGUUUUAAUACAUUUUUAUUGUCAGUGAGUUGUGUUUCUUGUUGUGUCCUCUAAUAAGAUAAAUCUCUAACACCCCUUUAAGGUAUACAAGAUCACCUUUAUUUAUAAUAAUUACAGCAAGCUUCAUUAAUAUGUUGUAAAACCAGACUGUCAAGGUGAUUCGCUUUUUUUAGAACUACUAUUAUUAUUAUUAUUAUUAUUAAUCAGAAUCAGAAAAUCAUCCUGUUUUUUUUUUUUUAACCUGGAAGUGGUACUGACUCAAAGUUCUGG